AUGACUGGUUUAGGUGCAAGGAACUUCAGGAAAAAACUUACUUACAUGAGGAUGCGUUUUAGAAAAAGAAGUGUAGGAAUUUGUGGCUUAAAGAAGAAGGAAAAAACACAAGAUAUUUCCAAGUCUCAGUCAAACAAAGAAGUCAGCUUUCAUUUUAGGUUUUUCCGGCCAUCAGCCGGCAGCCGCCGACAGCGGCUGGCUUUCGGCCACCCCUCGGCCAUAGCCGACAUCCUCACACUCCGCCUUUCGCAUGAAGUGAGUACCUCUAUCUCAGCAGGAAGCAAAACAACAGAUUCUGGCAAGGAGGUUGUGCCCACCGCCUUUCCAGAGACUCAUGCUCUGAACUUCGAUAUCGCGCUGACUUCAGGUGCAGCCUCAGUUUGUGUUCCCGACUUUAGCUCCUUUGCUCCCCGACUGGUUCUGAGUUCGAAGUUUCGGCUCGCUCCCACCGGCGCUCUAGCCGGAGUCCCUUUCCCCGCAGAUGAAAGCACGUCAUGUCUCCCUUCGCUUAAGGUUUUAGGUGUAGCUAUGGAGAUAGAGAUCACAGAUAAAUUGCAACAGUUCGUGUUGUCUGAAAAAGAAGUGGAAGGCAUCACUUUGUCCGAGGACGGUAUAAGGUUGAGUCUCCAAGAGUGUCAAAUAAGCCUAAUUAGAAAAAUAUUCGGAGAAAAGUGGGAAAACUACAUUGGACUCACUACGACACUGAGGAACAUAUGGGCCCUAAAGACAAAGGUUUAUAUCCAAUCCACCUCCAUAGGAGGCCCUAAAGCCAAAGGUGUUCAUCUGGAAGAUCAAAUUCUAACUGAUAAGAUACACCUGGCUACUCGUGAUCCAUCCUUUGCAAAAUCUUCUAAAAAAGAACUUUAG